GUUACAUUUCAAACUUUUAUUUACAUCUUUCCAGAAAAUAAGAAGUUUUCCAUGCAAGCAACAAGUCGCGAACCCGGCAAGGAGAGGCAGCUCCUCAUUCUUAUGAAGGGCCUCCCAGGUUCCGGAAAGUCAACACUCGCCGCUGCAUUAGCACGUGCUCUCAGAUGCCCGCUUGUUGAUAAGGACGAUGCGCGAGACACCUUCCAAACCGUUGUACGACAAGCACCUGACAUCGAUUGGAACGCCUUGUCGUACGAUGUCAUGUUUCGAACCGCGGCACGACAGCUGGCGUUAGGCCUAUCUGUCGUACUUGACUGCCCCUUGUCAAGACGCCAACUGUACGAGCAAGCUUGCGAGGUGGCCGCGAGGUGCAGCAACAGCAGUGCAAUAGCUGGUGUUAGGACAACUGCUGCUACGGCGCGCGCAACAGUACCCGCUUCUCCUCCCCCUCCUCCUUCGCCUCUUGCUGCUCCUCCUCCCGCUGCUGCUCCUACAUCUGUGCUGGUUGUGCUAGUAGACGUUGAAUGCAGCGAUGAGGUGGUCUGGAGGCAGCGGCUGGAAGCCAGGGGUGCGUUAGAUCAGGGCACGGAGCGAGGCCACAAGCCGGCCAGCUGGGAUGAGCUUCAAGCCCUGCUUUCCAGGUACGGCGGCAGUUGGCGUUGGAGCACUGACGGCAGUGUCGAGGUGCCGUACAGGGUGCCCGUCUGUACGGCAACUGCCAGCGUUGGAGACAACGUUGGUGUGGUGUUGGAAUACCUGCAGCGCACGUGAGGAGGUACGUCAUUUUCGGGUGAAGGAGAGAUUCCUGAUGAGCCCUUCCAUCCCCCUUGUCACCCCGCAACGCCCUUCCGCAGGCUUUGAUGUUGCUGCUAUGACAAGUGCCUCAUCAACGAAUGGAUGAGUAGCCGCUACAGGCCAGGUGCCCAAGGAGGCAACCUAGUGCUGACGCGGCCGGUGUGGACUCAGCCAACUGAAAGCAGCAACUGGGGAGGGAUGUGCUCGGGUGCCAGGGAAGAGCUCCCUCUUUAGUACAUGUCGUUGCGUGUUGGGUACGGGUUUGCAUGGUCAUGGAAAGGUCGCAAACAAGCAGCCCAGGAGGCGCCGAGAAGCCAUGAUUGGGUCGUAUGCUUCGAAGGACGAUGAGUGGCUGUUGGAUAGGUUGCGGUGAACCCGUGCAUGUGAUAGAAGCUUUUAUGGGCACAGGGAGCUUGUAAACGCCAGGGAACAGGGAACAUACUCCCGGGCCAGGUUUGUUACAAAGGUGGAA